UGACAUUUCACCACAUCUGACUGUGACAUUAGCAUCUCAUGGAUACCCCAUCCAUGAGUCCAGAAAACGAUGUCAUAACAUGAUGAUUUUUGUCGAUAUUGGGUUAUUAUAAUUUUAUUUCAAAAUGUUCCGAUCACGCGCUAUAUCUCGUCUUUUGUGUCACCAUCAUCGGGUUACUAAUAAAGCGAACUAUGUAAGGCCAUGUGUAAAUAAUAUAUGUAUUAACAAAGAUCAAACAAGAAAGCUGAAUACAGUAGCUGUUGAGGAUAGCUAUGUUAAAAAGUUCAUGAACGCUAUUGGAUGGAUGGACCAAUCUAGGACCCGUUUAAAACUAACAGGAUAUUUUCUGUAUGAAUCAAUACCUGAAAAAGUGGCAUAUGCCGAUUGGUUUGAGAGCUUGGAACUACCUGACACAUUUGCCUCCUGGUUCAUAAUCACGGAGCUACAUGUCUGGAUGUUAAUGGUCCGAUACAUGGCUGAAGAUGUAACAAUCCCUGUCAGUGAAAAGAAAAAGUAUAUAAAAGGAGAUGGGCACUUUGUUAGGAACUGCAUUAUUGAAGCUCUGUGGGCUGAUGUGGCUAAUAAAAUAAAGUUGUUGGAGGGUGCCAAUCCAGCAAUAGCCAGGAAGCAAGUCUCAGAGCUCUCAGAACAGUUCCAAGCAGCUCUGGUAGCUUAUGAUGAAGGCCUUGAUGAUGACAAAGUGCUAGCUGCUGCCAUCUGGAGGAGAUUCUACUUUAUGUCUCAAGAUGUGAAAGCAGAAAAUGUUGAGAGGAUUGUUAAAUACAUAAGACAUCAGGUGUCCCAGUUGGACAGGAUCCCAAGUGGUGAUUUGGCGUGGAAACCUAACAUAAACUGGUUAAGUAUAUUGGAGCCAUAAAGUAAAAUUUUGUAGAAAGUUAGAUUAAGGUACUGUUGUUUCAUAAAUAAAUCAAAUCGUGUUGAUAAUUA